UUGGCUCUUUCUUGACUUUAUUAUUCCGUACAACCGAAUAAGAGUCUGCAAUAUCAGCAUUCUUUACAGAAGAAACGAGAGAAUAGAGAGGGAUUUCAUUCACGGAGAGACAACCUGGUAGUUUCAGAAUACUAAUGUUUCCAUGGUUGGCUCAUGGUCAUCUAAACCCCUACCUUGAGCUAGCCAAGAAACUAUCACAGAUAAAUUUUCAAAUUUACUUUUGUUCUACAGCUAUCAAUCUUAGUUCAAUCGGUAAAACCAUUGAAAAAAACAUUUUUAAUAUCUCGAUACAGCUAGUAGAACUCCAUUUACCGUCAUGGCCUGAACUUCCUCCACAUUACCACACGACUAAAAACGUGCUACCCAAUCUUUUGCCAAAGCUCCUGCAGGCCCUUCAAAUGUCAAGCUCUAGCUUUACAGAUAUUCUCAGCAAGCCAGACUUGCUAUUAUACGAUAUUUUCCAACCAUGGGCUGCCUCGCUUGCUUCAUCACUAGGUAUUCCUGCAGUUCAUUGUUCAUCUGCAGGUGCAAUUAUGUAUUCUUUUUACCAUCAUGAAUUCACGUAUGGGAAUGCUGCUUUCCCUUAUGAAGCAAUAUAUAUAAGAGAACACGAAAGAAACAAAUGGAAGAAUCGGUCGAUAAUUAAAGAUGCAGGUGAAGAUUUUGCUUUUGGGAACUUCAAACGAUCUUGUGACAUUGUUUUGACGAAUAGCUGCAGGGCAAUUGAGGAUAAGUAUAUUGAUUAUUUUUCUAAGUCGUGCCAAAAAAAAGUGGUGACUUUUGGACCACGUGUUACACAAGCUGAUAGUGAAGAAGAAUAUUCAGAGAUCAUGCAGUGGCUAAGCCAGAAAAAUCAGUUAUCAACUGUGUUUAUUUCCUUCGGUAGUGAAAACUACUUGUCCAAGGAGCAGAUUGAAGAGAUGGCGUGGGGAUUAGAGCUUUGUGAUGUCAACUUCAUAUGGGUUGUCCGAUUUCCUGUUGGGAAUACCACAAGAAUAGAAGAAACACUGCCAGAGGGAUUUCUUGAGAGGGUGAAAGACAGAGGUAUGAUUGUGCAGAGAUGGGUACCACAGGCUAAAAUUUUGGCACAUCAAAGUAUUGGGGGUUUUGUGAGUCAUUGUGGAUGGAGUUCUAUGGUAGAAAGCAUUUAUUUUGGUGUUCCGGUUAUAGCCAUGCCUUUGAAAAUGGAUCAGCCUAUAAAUGCUAGGCUCAUGGUCGAGCAUGGCACUGCCGUGGAGGUUGUGUUGAAUGACAGUGGACGGUUCAAGAGAGAAGAGGUGGCAAAGGCUAUAAAGAUGGUGGUGUUGGAGAAGACAGGAGAAGGCAUGAGGUCAAAGGCUAUUGAAUUGAGCAGUAAGAUGAAAGAUGAAGCAGAAAUAGGCAUGAAUGAAACAUCAGAGCAGUUAUUGCAGCUAUGUAUUAAGUAUAAGCAGAAGCAGUGAUAAUCUUUAUUCAAACAUUUCCUAAAAUUGGAUAGAAGAAAUAAGCGAGCACCAUUCAAAAGGAAUAAACUCCAUGGGAGAGUAUGAAUCAAAUUGUGUUCCAUCUAUCUAUCUAUUUAUCUUAAGAUCAAUUCCCUUCUCUUAAACUAGCUUAGAAACUAUCAAAGAAAAACGUCCUAUUUUUGUUCUACAGAAUCUAUCUUAGUUCAAUCAUUAAAAGCAUUGAAAAUAACUUCUGCGUUAUAUAACUGGUGGAACUCCAUUUACCAUCAGGGGGGCUGAUUUUCUUCCUCACUACCACAAAAUGAAAAAACUUGCCGCCUGAUUUUAUGCCGAAGCUGUCAUUAGAAGACGAGCCGGCUGUUUUUUUCCCUGUUUUAGUCUAGAAAUUGAUGCUGUAGUUCAAUUGAAGAUGACAUUGUGUUUUGCUCUGAAAUAGACGUUGAAGCCUUCAAAUGGAAGUAUCUAAUACACUUUCCAAUAAGAAAUGUUCUUCCUCACUACCACAAAAUGAAAAAACUUGCCGCCUGAUUUUAUGCCGAAGCUGUCAUUAGAAGACGAGCCGGCUGUUUUUUCCCCUGUUUUAGUCUAGAAAUUGAUGCUGUAGUUCAUUUGAAGAUGACAUUUUGUUUUGCUCUGAAAUAGAUGUUGAAGCCUUCAAAUGGAAGUAAAUAAUACACUUUC